ACCCUAAAAUAGCCAGCAAGUUUGCAGUCUUACACAUCAAUGACUGUGGAGAUGAAGUGGAAAAAGUGUCUGAGGUCACACAAUCUCAUGUCAAGUUAUCAGAACCAGUUUUUUCUCCAAGAGCGGUCCUGAUGAAAGCUGGCAUUCCUGUGAAAGUAAACUGUAAUGUGUUAAUAUACAAGACCAACACAGCAUUCCUGACACUCCAUGUUUAUCUGAUCCCACGUGAUCCUGGUCUACAACAGGCAAUGGACAAGAGGGAAUUGUCCUAUGGAUACAAAGUAAUCCGAAAGCCACAUCCAGAGAAGUCCCUGAAAAUGCGCGAUCAUUUCAUUUUAACUGCAGAUUUGGAUGGUGCAGAAAUUUGUCCUGAAGAACUAAAGCUCAGAUAUGAAAGCAGAACCCCAAAUUUCUACGAAGUGUUCAUUGAAAAUCCCGACAGAAACUUUGCGCUCAAACUCGCACAUAUAAAUGGUAAACAAGCAAUAUGGACCUGUACAAUUCGAAAAGACGAAUACCAAAGUACUCCUCAUAAACAAGGGAAGCACUUUGUGGAUAAACACCGGUGUGAUCUGAUCAAGAGAGUGAGCAAUAUCAGACCAAUCUUGGAUAAUCUCCUGAAAGAACAAGUAAUCCAACAAGAAAAUUAUGAUACCAUCAGGGCUAUCACAACCACUCAAGAGAAGAUGAGGACACUCUAUAGUGGUCCCCUUAAAGCUGUUGGAGAUGCAGGCAAAGACAUCUUCUACAAAAUCCUUGAGGAGGAGGAGUCAUUCCUUGUUGCUGAUCUGAAGAGGAUGGAGUUAUGAAUACUGCGACCAUUGGUUAAAUUAAUCAAAUUUUGACCAAUUAUUGACUUAGGCUACCUGAACCCAGUAUUUUUACACAUUAACAGAACUAAUUUAUAGCCUGCAUUUAUGAAAAUACUCAUCCUGGUGCUAUAUCUAAUUCAAGUUGGCCCUCCACCCUGCAGUAGUGGUAGAAUGAAUGAAGAGAGGGAGCCAUGAUGGCUAGAACAAAGCAGUUAAUUGUAAUAAUGAAGAAGAAUUUUGUUUUCCACUUGGAAGCUGCGAAACAAGUCAAAGCAGAAAGUCAAGUGUGAUUUUUUUCCCAACUGUAAAUUACAGCACCAGGCUGUACAUACAGAACAGAAAGAGUGUAUAAUAGAGUAUUAUAGUCACUUUUUAAAAAUACAUUUUUGUUUCUGAUUUUACACAAAUAUAAUUGUGACUAUAUGUAUAUAUUUUUUUUACAUUUUUAAAUAUAGAUUUAAAAAAAAAAAAAAUUAUGUAGCAUUUGUUUCUUUAAAAUAGAAAGUUAUGAUAAAAUCAGGGCUCUGCCUUCCUCUCAGCAAAGAAGAAGGGCACUCUACCCUGGUUUCCUGAAAGCUGGCACAGCAUACACAGACAUCUUAAAUCAAGCUUAUUGAUCAAGCCUUUAGACCAAACACACAGUCCUACCUGAACAAAAGAUAUUUUUAUAAAAGAGAACUAUUCAUGUUUUAUCUCUGUGGGUGAUUUCUAAUGAAUGUUAUUUGAUGCUCUAUGUUUAAUCAGAGGUGCUGACCUUAAUUUGACUCUUAAUUUAGUUGAAAUUUGUACGGUGUGUGGUGCUUUACCUCCAAUGAUUAGUGAGGCUCAUUUGAAGGUCCAGUGUGUUGGAGGAUCUAUUGUCAGAAAUGAUAUUCAUAGGUAGUGUUUUUGUUACCUUACAAUGAGCCGUCUUCAUCUACAGACGUGGGUCGCCUUCCAUGAAGUUUGCCAUGUUGUCCCUCCAUGUUUCUACAGUAGCUCAGAAGUUUUUGCAGCCACCACGGUUUCUCCUACACAUCACAUAAAUUAGUCCUUAAUUGAUCAAAUGCAAACAUGUUUGAUUAUGAAUGGUUAUCUAUAAUUUUUGUGUUUAAGCUUUUGUUUAUGCCAAAUGUGUUAUUUUCUUGUUUCAUCACUUUUAAUCUGCCCAAUAAGAAUAUAUAUU